UCUACUUUUCCACGGGGAGGUUAGAAUUUCGAAUGUUCAAGUGCAGGUGGAUCGGUUCGAGCACGACGAGUCCGCUGUCGCGUCUGCUCGUGACAGCGGGUCAGGAGCAGCAGCGCAGCCGCGUAGCCGGAUCAUCAUCAUCAUCAUCAGCCAAGCCGCAGCGCAGCAGCAACAACAGCAGCCGCGCCAGUAGGCGCAAACGUUCUUGCUCAGUUGCGGAACAGCAGCGGUAUCAUCAGCACCACAACAAGAGGAGAAGGGGAACGUUAAUUACCACUGACAGCAGCAUCAGUUUCAAAGUUGGAAUCGCAGGUAGACAUCAGGCAAUUGUCGUGACAGAAGGAGUAGGAGGAUUGCAGAGGAGAAGCUUGCAUCUCAGUGCCAGGAUGCCAAACAUCAUCAACGACGUCAAGCUCGACUUCAAGGAUGUACUCCUUAGGCCUAAAAGGAGCACUCUCAGGAGUAGAUCAGAUGUGGAUCUUUACCGAGACAUAACUUUUCGUAAUUCAAAACUCACUUACAAUGGCAUUCCCGUGAUGGCCUCGAACAUGGACACAGUCGGCACCUUCGAAAUGGCAAGAGCACUGGCCAAGCACGGCCUAUUCACCACUGUACACAAGUACUACACGACCGAGGAUUGGAAGGAGUUCGCCGCGGAGAAUAGGGACUGCUUGAUGCACAUGGCAGCAAGCUCAGGGACGAGCAACGAAGACUUCGAGCGCCUGUCAAGCAUCUUGGCAGCUGUUCCCGAGCUGCUGUUCAUCUGCAUAGAUGUUGCCAACGGGUAUUCCCAGCAUUUCGUCGAGUAUGUUAGGAAAGUUAGAUCACAAUUUCCUGAACACACGAUAAUCGCUGGAAACGUAGUUACUGGUGAAAUGGUAGAAGAAUUGAUUCUGUCUGGUGCAGAUAUCAUUAAAGUUGGAAUUGGCCCCGGAUCUGUGUGCACUACACGCAUGAAAACUGGCGUUGGCUAUCCUCAAUUGAGUGCAGUAAUUGAGUGUGCAGAUGCUGCUCACGGACUCAAAGGUCAUAUUAUUUCUGAUGGUGGCUGUGUGUGCCCAGGAGACAUAGCAAAGGCUUUCGGUGCUGGCGCCGAUUUUGUUAUGGCUGGUGGCAUGUUUGCAGGCCACGAUGAGUGCGGAGGUGCAGUUACUGAGAGAGACGGGAAAAAAUUUAAACUGUUUUAUGGCAUGGCUUCUAAUACAGCUAUGACUAAACAUUCUGGUGGAGUGGCUGAUUACAGGUCAUCAGAAGGCAAAACUGUUGAAGUGCCUUACAAAGGACCCGUAGACGCAACAAUAUUAGACAUACUCGGAGGUUUGCGCUCAGCCUGUACUUAUGUCGGGGCAUCUCGUUUGCGCGAACUGCCCAGACGUGCCACUUUUAUAAGAUGCACUCAACAGUUGAACAACAUUUUUGGUACUCCAAUGUAAAUGUAAAAACGUGAUUUAAAAAAAAAAACUUUAUUUUCACGUAUUGAAAAUUAGCCCGAAUUUUUAAUAGAAAAAAUACGCAUCAAGUGCCAUGAACUAUUUAAAGGUGCGUGCACACUUCUCGUGUAAUAAUGAAACGAAGGUUUUUUUCUCGCUAAAGUCAAUAUUUGAAAUGCACGUACACGAAGCGCUUCAAUCGUUGAACGAUUGAUCAAACAUUUCGUAGGUUCCGCUUCAUAAUAUACUUACAAAAUAAGAAUCGAUCGUGACGGCUCUUUUCACCGUGUGUAAAUAUUAAAUAAACAAUAUCGAUACAAUAGAAUUUUUCAUGGAAUAUUUUUCGGUAAUGGUAACUAAUAUCGCUUUUAAGCCCUGUACACUUCUAUAGUGAUUAUUGAGCAGUACUUGGAGAUAUUGUAAAAAUAAUUUAUUCAUCUUGCUGCAUUUACGGGAUCUUUGAUUUUUCAACGUACAUUGAAAAUACAAAUAAAUGUAAUUAAUGUUAAUGUACAGAAAAGGGGCUAAAUGACGUUAAUUAAAGAAUGUUGAGUAUACAACAAAAAUAGCUAAUUGUACGGAAAUUGUAAACAAUGAAGAGAGAUUAUACUUUAUUUUUAACUUAAAAGCUUAAUAGUCUACAUUAUUCAUUAGAUGCACGUGAAAAAUUUCAUUUUGUAUCUUAACAAAGGGAUUAGUUUGAUAGACCUCAACUUUUAUAGGCAAAAACAGUAUUAGCUAACAUUAUCAAUAUAGAUAACUAGACAAUGCACAGCUGUAUUUUUUACCAAAGAAAAACAAUAAAUGGCCUGAAUGUGUAUCGAAAAAAAAAACAAAAAACGGAAAUGUAUGAAAAUAAAAUU